UUUGUACAGUUGGUACUUGGUCAUUAUAUUAUAGGGCUGUAUAUAAACAAUUACAUUAUCUUAUUAAUCAUGUGUUAUCACUAAUUGGUGGUCCAACAAACAACGAAUACUGCUGUAGCUUGCUACGUUUUCACUUCUUUCAGCUUUGAAUUAAUUUGUUGUUUGUGAAUAAAUUCGUUAUUAUUAUUUUAAUAAAAUGCCGACUCUUUGUGCCGUUUUCGGUUGUGGAAACAAAACCUUGGACAAAUCGUUGUCAUUUUACCGGUUUCCGAAGGUUAAAGUGAAUGCUGCCUCAGAUUUAAAAACACAAUUAUUAAAACAGCGAACAGCGUGGCUUAACGCAUUACACAGAACUGAUGUUCUUGAUAGUCAGUUGAAGAACAUGAGGAUUUGUUCAAUUCAUUUUAAAUCUGGUAAACCAGCCAAUUAUAAUGAUGAUAAAAAUCCAGAUUGGAUACCAACCUUAAGCAUGGGUUAUAACUCUGAAAGAAGUAAAGCGACUACUCCUGCAAUUAAAAGGUACAAUCGUGCAAGUAGAAGAAUGGAAUUAAAACCUACCCAAUUGUUUCCAAAUAGUACGCAAUUAAAUGUGGUUGAUUCUUCUGAACACAAUAUGAGCAUUGAUGUACCAAAUGAUAUAUCGAAUGAUGCUACUGAAGAAAGUGGAACAGCCUGUAAUACUGACCUUAAGCUAAAUGUUAUCAACGAGUUGGAGAAUUUACGAGAUAAGUGUUUUGAAUUACAAAAUCAAGUAGAUUAUUUUAACUUAACUGAGAAAACAUUUAUUGGGCGGGAAAAAAUGUUAACUUAUUACACAGGACUGGAAUCAAUGGCUGUUUUUAAUUUAGUAUUGGAUCAAAUUAAACAUGGACUAACUGCUAAUAAUCAGAGAUUAAAUGAAUUUCAAAAACUUUUAUUGUGUCUAAUGAAAUUAAGAUUAAAUAUUCCAUUUACUGAUUUAGGAUAUAGAUUUGUGGUGAUACGGAAAGUGGUCAUAUUGUUAGAACACAUGUUUAAAAAUCUAAUAUAUUGGCCAGAGAGGGAAGAACUACGCAGUACAAUGCCAAGAUCAUUUUUUAAUAUAUUUGGAAAUUCAGUUGCUGUUAUUAUUGAUUGUUUUGAGAUUCCUUUAGAAAAAACAUCAAAUUUAAAAGAAAAGGCACAAACAUGCUAUAAGUCCCAGGGAAGUAUUUCAUAUAUAUCAGAUGGUUGGGGUGGUAGAGUUAGAGAUGUUGUUUUGGCCGACAGAGGAUUUACUAUUAAUGAAAGUGUUGGUUUUCACUGUGCAAAAUUAAAGACUCCAGCUUUUACAAAAGGUUUACCCCAGUUGCAUCCAUGUUCUGUUGAAGAAACCAGAAAAAUUGCAUCUGUUAGAAUUCAGGUUGAGCGAAUAAUUGGUCUUACUAGAUCAAAAUUUAAAAUCUUAAAUGGUCCAGUACAAAUAACUACUCUUAAACAUCAAGAUUAUGAGGCAUGUCAACUAGAUUCCAUUGUAACGAUUUGCUGUGCAUUAGUAAAUAUGUGUAGUUCAAUUAUACCUUUAAGUUAA